AUGCAAUCGAUUAAAUGCAUCCUUGCAGGACCAAACUCGGUUCAGAGACGAAGAGGACGUCAAACUUACAGUCGUUUUCAGACUUUGGAAUUGGAAAAGGAAUUUCAGUAUAGCCACUACCUUACUCGACGCCGACGAAUUGAAAUCGCACACAGCCUUUGUCUGACUGAACGUCAAAUCAAGAUUUGGUUUCAGAAUCGUAGGAUGAAACUGAAGAAGGAACGCCAACAAAUAAAGGAUCUGAAUGAGGAGAUGAAUCGGCGACUCAUGAACGAGAGUCAAAAGCUUCAGAAGAAUCCUCUCACACAAAAUUUCCCUCCACCUUCCUAUAUCCCCCAGAUACUUGACUCGGAUCCGACCUCAUUCCCUCAAUUUUUACCUCACCAUGGCCUGCCCCAUCCUAUGAGUAUUCAUCCAACAUCCGCAACCUCUAACGAUGACUUCUCCGAAGUUGAACGUGCUAGCUGA